UCAAUUCUCUUCUGUUUGACCUUUCUCUCUCUCUGUAGAAAGCGUGCUUCAAUGACAUUCCAGUUACUGAUGUAAGGAAAGUAGUGUUAGUCCUGAGGAAGGUGUAGAAAUGGCUUUAUAUUCUUUAUUUCGAUCUGUCAGGACAGAAGUAGUCAAGGGGUGUCUCACGCAGCACGUUCAGUCUCUCUACACCAGCUGCCCGAGUUUAGCAGCAGAUAAAGCACUUCUCCUCAAAUUACGUAAAUCUACGGGCUACACCUUCAUCAACUGCAAAAAGGCACUGGAGAAAUUCAACAAUGACGUUACACAGGCAGAAAGCUGGCUGCAUGAACAAGCCAAAAAAGAGGGCUGGAGCAAAGCGAGUAAACUGGAAGGUCGAAAAGCCAAGGAAGGGCUGAUUGGUGUCCUUUUGGGUAACAAUGCAGCUGUCAUGGUUGAGGUGAACUGUGAGACAGAUUUUGUGGCGAGGAAUGAGAAAUUUCAGCAGUUGGUGAAGAAUAUUGCUUUGUAUGUAAUGGCUCAUAAUAGCAGCAAAAAACAGACUGGGUAUAUUAAGAGUGUGCUGUCUUCUGAGGACAUUGGUAAGCUCCACGUUCCUGAGGGACCCUCACUAGCAGAUCAGAUAGCCUUGACUAUAGGACGAUUAGGUGAGAACAUUGGCAUGCGGCGGGCCGUAUCACUUGCUGUGCCCUCUGAUUGGCACAUUGGCUCAUAUGUUCAUGGGGCAGUUCCCGGGCAGGUUGGCAUUGAGAUGGGGCGCUAUGGAUCGCUAGUUGUGUUUCAAGGUGGACCUAAGGAUGGGACGGACACUCUGGGAAGGAAGCUGGGGCAACAUAUAGUGGGCGAUGCACCUGUUUCUCUUGGCAACAUGGACGAUAUACCAUGUGGUGAAUCUGAGACGAGACUUUUGCCCCAGACCUUCCUCGUAGAUCCCAAAUAUACUGUGGGACAGUACCUGACUCUACAGAAUGCACGUGUGCUAGACUUCAUACGCUUCCAGUGUGGAGAGAGCACCAGUCAGGAGUGAAUAGAGCUGAUUUAAAUGAGAAAAUAUAUUUCUUUAAAGGAUAAAUUUGUCUCAUCAGCUUGUAUAAAAUUCAGUGUAAAAUAUCUGUACAAUUAUUUUGCCAUUUUUAACCAAAAACAGGAUCAGAUCAUAUCCAUGAUAUCUCUGCCUGCACCCCUCAACAAAAAUUCUUGUUUAUUCAUGAAGUGAAUUAAGAAAAUUAAUUGUAAAAUGGUCUAAUAGACAUUGUUGUUUUGACACUGACAUGUUACUGGUGAAAAAAAGCCUCAGAUGGCUGAAUCUGAACUCUGGUUCUGUGCAUCACAAAAAAUAAACAUUUUGCGAUCUGAAAUACGGAUGUCAUUGUUUUGUCAUAGGUUUUGGUUUUACCAAAAACCAAAGUUGAUAGAGAACCUAGUUAAGCAUCUGACCUGGACAAGUGUUUAAUCUAGUGCUUUACUGCCACCUACUGAGUUUAUUUCACCAGAAUAAUUCUCUGUUUAUUCUGUUAGUCAUUGUCUCCUUUUAACUUACACCUUUAACCCUAUGAUGAUUCAGGUAGAGUAAGGAUAGUCAAAUCUAGCCUAAACCAUGUAGUACUCACUCGCCCACAUGUUGAAGUCCUUCAGGACUGACGUAGAAGACCUUGUGGUUGUUCUUGUUUGAGGCUCAAGUUAAGUCUCACAGGAGGCAAUUGUAACAAUAAAAUAUCUUAUUGGUUAAAAGCAGUCAAUGCAAAAAUAAAACUUAAAAUCAGCUAAGCUACGAGUUAUAUAAUCAAACUCUAAACAGCAAUAUUUGAGAUGCUGUUAAGCAUCCCUUGAUAAGGUAUCAGAUGUCCUUUACGCUUAAUGCAGGCAGCAUCAGCAGACUGAUUUCCUCCUCAGACUAUUUAUUCUUCUUUUUGGUUAAUUAGUUAAGACGGAUGUUGAAACAUGCUCUCUUCACCCCUGUGUAUCCUCCACAAAACAUCAAGCUCAGAAACCUAACUUUCACAACUUGCUUAUUCAUCCUAACAAGUAUUGCAAGUGCAAGCAUUUUUAUAUCAAAGCAUAUAUGGCGUGAACAUAAACAAGCAAAUAACAUAACAUUGAAAGAGGUAAAUAGAAAUAUCAGUAUUUAAAACAGAUCUCAUAUUCUAGAUGUGCUAAUAUCCAUCCUGACUGAAACUUUACUGCCAUCUAAUGGAGUGCACCAUGUCAUGUGCAUAAUUGUAAUAAUGACUUUGAGGAUCUGUUCAGAAGAGACAUGCAUUGUAAUCAAUACAAAUUACAUUAUUGUGAUUUUUUUUGUUAACCUGGUAAUGAUCAUAUAACUUAUUUAAUAUUUUAAAGGUCAGUUCUUAGAUCUUUAUGUGGGUCACCUAUCUCUCUCUUUUUUUUUUUUUUUGUCAGCUAAACCCCUCACCCUCUUACAAAUGAAAGUUCUUUAUUGGCAUCUAUGGUUCAAAAAAUGUAACAUGCAUGUAACCUUUUCAUGCACAAAAGGUUUUUUUUUUUUUAAUAGUGUAAGAAAGUUCUUUAGAUUGUUAAAAU